GGUAGAAAUGGGAGGGACAAACUGGGAGUCUGAUUCUUUAGGCAAACUUUUCAGUACGACUGGCUGCUUCCCUUCCCACUGCUGCGUCGGAACCAGACAAAAGGAGUGUGAAGUACUCCCAAAUAUUUCUACUUGAAGCCAAGGUCCACAUCCAGCCGCCACCAUGUCCAGCAAACGUGCCAAGGGAAAGACCACCAAGAAGCGCCCUCAGAGAGCAACCUCCAAUGUCUUCGCCAUGUUUGACCAGUCUCAGAUCCAAGAGUUCAAGGAGGCGUUCAACAUGAUUGACCAGAACAGAGAUGGGUUCAUCGACAAGGAGGAUCUCCAUGACAUGUUGGCCUCUCUGGGUAAGAACCCCUCUGAUGAAUACCUGGAGGGGAUGAUGAGUGAGGCACCAGGGCCCAUUAACUUCACCAUGUUCCUCACCAUGUUUGGAGAGAGGCUCAACGGAACGGACCCCGAGGACGUCAUCCGCAACGCCUUCGCCUGCUUUGAUGAGGAGGGAUCUGGUGUGAUCCAUGAGGACCAUCUGAGGGAGCUGCUGACCACCAUGGGCGAUCGCUUCACAGACGAAGAAGUGGACGAGCUGUUCCGCGAGGCGCCCAUCGACAAGAAGGGCAACUUCAACUACGCAGAGUUCACCCGCAUCCUCAAACAUGGUGCCAAAGACAAGGAUGAUGAGUAGAGGGAGAAAGCGACUGCCUCUGGCCCCCCGCACACACACUGCACCACAGAUCUAAGCCCUAGCUCCUAUCUUUGUGAACCUUGUAGAUUUGAAAGAAAAUAAAUAAGAAUUCAUAUAGGCAUGCUGCAUACUGAAGUUGUUUUUUAUAUAAAAGAGCAGAAAUGAAUAGUUUUGCAUUUAUUAUGAUCUACAUGUUUAUCAAAGGUUGAGUCUCGGGAUUCACAGAAAUAUUCUACAAUACACUACUUUUCAGUUGUUGUCAUUGUUCAAGUUUUAUUCAUACCACCUUAAGAGAGGUGAAUCACAGUGUCUGCAUCUCAUGGCUACAAGCCGUCUUUAUCCACCUUGACUGCAGUUUUUCUGGUAUUUGCAAGGAACCUGCAUGGACUCUGGAGAUACAUCAAGCAUCAAUGUGUGUGUCUGUGUGUAUGCGGGGGCUGUUUGGACUUCCAGAUUCAGUGCUACAUGUUUACCUCCUCCUGCCAGUUAGCUACCACACCUGCACAAGCACUGCAACAUGUCUCCUGUCCUGUAAUAUUUGUAUUAUUGUAUGACGAAAAAGGAUAAAGUAACUGAGCAAUUUCUGUGUUUUUUUGACAAUCAAAAGUGCCAAGUGUUUUUACCUAUGAUGAAAUGGUAACUAGAAUUCGGUAGUCUAAAGUCAUGUCUUCCUCCUGUCAGCUGGUCGAGUGUGUUUGCUGAAGGUUCAGGUAAGUCUGUGUUGUUGAAGGAAUCCAGUCUUGGAACUGCUCAGGCAAAUAAAUUAAGAGUAGGUGUGUGUUUGGA